GUUUUACCGAGCAAAUGAUUUACGAAACACUUUUAAACGACAGAUCUCGCGCAGGCGCAGUACAAGAAGUAUGACGUCAUGUCCGUUAUGGCUGCUCCCGUCGAUCGACUGAAGCAGCUCGAAAAUAUCGAAAAAGAGAUAGCUAGCGCCUUACAAUUUGCAGGUCACGCUGUUGGAGAACUAUCAAAGGAUACACCAAAGAUUAAACAAGUAGAAAGUCAGACAACUCAGUUCUUGAAGACAUUGGAGAACGUUGAGAGUGGAUUGUUAAAGCAGAUCAAUUACCUCACUCAAGUUUCAACAGGACAACCACAUGAAGGUUCUAGCUAUGCAGCCCACAAGGAUCUUUUGAUGACCUUCCACCGUCAAGAACAUGUAAGGAACGGCCUCAACGAGCUAGAAAAGAUAAAGGGGAGCAUGCUUCAAGAUAGACAGAGACAGUUUAUGCCAAAAAUGGAGCCAAAGUAACAUGACACAUCUGAUAUAAUUAAUUAAUACAUUUAAUGUACAUUCAGUGUCAUUCAUAGUGUAUUUUGAAGUGAAAACAUUUUGGAACAGCUUUAUCUUGACGUGAUAAAACUGUAGAAUUUUGCAACAGUUUCAUC